CUCUCCUUGCUCUCCUGUUUCAGUCAGUCUGUCUGCCCUCUAGCGUAGUAUUCUCCUUUCACUCACCACUAUUCAUCACCAUCUAGGAUACAUUUACACAAACCCACGCAGGUAGACAGACUACUGUCCUAGUGGACUGAAGUGUUUUACGUUUGGGCUGAUAGAUACAGAUAUAUGUGCAUUACCUUGGAAAGAACUAGAAAGUGGGGAUCUGUAGCAGUGCUGUUGAAGGUGAAGUUUUCCCCUCCACUACGUUUUUUGUCCCAAAGGAUACCACACGCAGCUGCGGAGGCUGCCAGCUCCAACUGCAGCAAACACAAGUCGAUGACUGAGAACUCCGCCUCCCAUGAUGGACAAGAAAAGUGCCAACGGCUUUCAGACCAAGGCCAGUGAGGGCAGUGUUCAGAGGAAGCAGCUGCCCUACUCAGUGGAAACUCCCUAUGGCUUCCACCUGGACCUGGAUUUCCUUAAGUAUGUUGACGAUAUUGAAAAAGGCAAUACCAUCAAAAGGGUCCACAUUCAGCGCAGGGUCAAGGGCCCACCUAAAUUCAGCACUCUGCCCAGAAAUUUCAGUCUUCCUGGACAUGGAGUCAGGCCACCCCCUAAGGAAAAGGACAACACAUGGUCAGGGACAUCAACCCUGGGACCCAAGCCUAAAUCACGGGUGACAGAGGUCCAACAGUUUUUUGACUUCAGGACAAGUGAAGGAGGAACUUCCAGCAAGGGGCCAAUCGGUCAAGGAACUGGCUACGUUUUAUCUAAGCCCAGAGAUGAAGUAGGAGCUGGGGCUCGGGAUGUUGAAGAGAAAAAUGUGGGGAUUCAAAGUCGGCCGAACCUGCUCAGAGCAUCAAGCAUGCCCAUCACCCUACAGCAGCGGAAAGGUUCUGAUUCAAGCAGUCCAGACCGUACUGUGGGAACGCCAGAGAGCGGCUCAACGGAGAACAUGUUCCGAGCUUCACCAGACAUAACAGAGAGACGGUGUGUUCCCCAGGAUCGGACAGGGCUUCACCAGCAGAUCACAGUGGCACUGAAGCGGGUCAGAGAGCUGGAAGAGCAGGUCAAAACCAUCCCAGAACUAAAGGCUCAGAUCUGCUCACUGAGAGAGGAAAGGGAGCAGCUACUGCUUCAGCUCCAAGCCCAAGUCCAAGCCCAGGCCCAAGCCCAUGCCCAGGCCCAGGCCCAGGCCCAAGCCCAAGCCCAGGCCCAAGCCCAAGCCCAAGCUUCCACAGCAUCCUCUACUAUAGUACCAUAUUCUGAUUCUGGGACACACACACAGCCACAAGGACACAGACCUUCAGAAGGACUCAACUUAGCUCUGAUGACUCAACCCACUGGAGUUUUAGAAGCGUCAGAGCACAUGCCAACAAAGCCGGUAACAGGGAAAGAGAAACAAGGUGUGACAGAGAAAAGUAGAGUGUUACAAAAAGAGAGGGAAAUAAAUCAGGAAUCUGUCAAGAGUUCCUCAGCACACAGAGAAACACAGCCAAAAUCUGAAAGACAAACACAACCGUCAGAAAAAUCAGACAAACAAAAAGAGACAUUAGAGAGUCCACUGCAGCAGGCAGUGCAAAAGCUAUCACAGAACAUUGCAGGACAAGAAUUAACAUCACUUAUGGUGGCUAUAAAAGAUGCAGAGCCUAGCAGUAUUCAGGAUGGUAAUGCAGCAAAAACAGAAAAACUUGACGACCCAGAUAGUACGCAGAAGCUACAGGAUAAGCUAAUGAUACUGGAAGCUAAACUUACUCAAGCUAGCCAAGAACUUGAUAGAACUAAUACUCUUUUGAAAGAACAAUUACAGGAGAACAAGGUAAAAGAGGAGAGAAUACUACAACUGAGUGAGGGAAUCAGAGUGGAGGUGUGUACUACAGAAACACACAGCAGGCCAAGAAGAGAAAGUAUUGACACAGGGACAGAGACAGAGAAAGUAGGUUUUGCCAACCAAGAGACAGAGACAGAAUCACCUGGUACAAUAGAUAAGGGAACAGAUACAGAUAGAAUCUGUAUUGAAGUGUGCAUUCCCAAACCAAGGACUGGAAGUAUAGAUCAAGAAAUAGACACUAGUAACGUCGACUCACAUGAACAGGUCACAGAGAUGGAGGCAGAAGUAGCUGCUGUGAGCCCACCAAGACCCAGAGCCAACAGCAUGGAACGGGGCACAGUAACUGAGAGGAUCGCCACUCAGGAUCAGAUGACCGAGACACCCAUAGCAGAAAGGGUAAACCAAGUCACAGAAACAGAGGGAGAGACAGUAACGGAUCAUCCACAAAGACCGAGGGCCAGCAGUGUGGACCAGGGAACAGAGACAGAGAGAGUGGAUUAUGUGGACAGGGUGACAGAGACAGAGCGAGCACAGAGAACGGACCAGCAGACUGAGACAGAGAUAAACAGACGCCAGGAUAACAAUCCAGCCAGAGGUGCAGAAGCAGAGAGUCAAGUGAGAGAAAAUGCAGACAGUGAAAGAGUAGAAGAUGUAGGUACUGUGGUCAGUGAAAGACUGGAAGAUAAGGAAGCAAAUGAAAGUAUUCAGAGAGAUAGUGGAGACAGUGAAAGCUUGGUUGUGAAAGUUGUCACAGAGAGUUCAGUUGCAGUUAUAGAAAGCAAAGUUGAACAGACUGUAGUUUCAGAUAUUGUAAGCCAGGAUGAAGACUUUACCUGUCCACUUGUUGCAGCAAGGGGACAUACAGAAUCUAAGAUUGAAAUGGUCAGGGCCAAGACUGACUCAGAAACAAAAGAAAUUAUACCCCCCAAGAGUGAAGUAACAGAUAUUGUUGAAACACAGCAGAUUACAGUGGAGACUGUAGAGAAGAAACAAACAGAAGAAGGUCAGAUUGUGUGUGCAACAAUCAAAGACACUGUAGUAACUGACAUAGUUGUAAUAACAGCAGAGAAUACAGCUAUGAAAGCAGUAGCUCCUGUACGACCCCAGAGAGGCAGAAAACCCUCAGCAGAACAAGCACAGCCUUCACCUCAACUUGAGACUGCAUCUGUACAGCCUCGUCUGGGAUCCAGUGAAACUCAAGCCCAGCAGUCCCAGUCCCAGGUGCAGGUACAGGGUCCACCUCAGCUCGAGACUCAAACCCCAACACAGCUGUCUGAACCACAGAUACAAUCGCAAUCACAACCUCAGACUGAGACCUCUCCAGCCUCUAGUGAAGUCCAAACCAGGCCCAAAUCAAUUCAAGACCUGUCUCAAACUACUGCACCUCGUCGGGCCUCGAAAGAGCUGAAAGAAACACAGAAGGGAUCCGGUGUAUCAAAACCUCUUAGUCGUGGAUCAGGGGAAGCCCAGGCCCGCGCAACUCGCCAGGGUUCAUGUGACACCCAACCUCUGUCUCAGGGCUCUCGUCGACGUUCCAGUGAGACUCAACCCCUUCACAAAGAUGGUGGCGAGACGCAAUCACUGCGCAGAGGUUCCAGUGAAACAGCCCAGCGCCGUGGUUCAAGUGAAGCCCAAGCCUCACGUCGGGACACAGGCGAGGCCCAGCCCCCUCGCAGAGGCUCCAGUGAGUCACCAACAUCUCCUGCGGCUUUAGGCCAAGUCGUAACCCGGUUAACAGGGCUUCUGGGGGAGCAGUGGGCACAGCUGGGGAGCAGCUCUGGAACUCAACAGACGGCCAGCCAGCAGGAGAGCCCUAGCACACAGAAACAGACGGCAGGGAAAAGAGCAGAGGCAGGCAAAGGAGCGCCAGCCAAGCCAGCGGGGAAAGCAGUCCCUGCAGCAACAACAGGGAAACCAGCAGGGAAGCCUGGUCCUUCCAAAAUGAGCUCUAUUCAAAGUCAACUGGUCAGCUCCCUCAGUGUCCUCUCUGCCUUCUACUCACCAGGCCAGAAAGCUGCUGCUGCCAGCAAACAGCAAGAACAAGGUCUCAAAUCUAUUAUGAAGAAAAAUGGUGUUGCUGACAAGCAGGGGAACAAGGGAGCCAAGAAAAACCUGAAGUUUGUUGGGGUGAAUGGAGGAGAGAAAGUUGACAAGAAUUUUAUAGACGCCUGCCUCUAUGUAAAAGACCGCAUGGAGGAGGUUUCAUCCCCAGAUAAAGAAAUGCGUCAGGUUUUAGUGGUGCUCUACCAGGAGUGGUUCAGGGUCUCCAGUCAGAAAGACUCACAGGCCGAUACCGUCAGAUUAUACCUGCGACAAGUGAGCUUGACCACACCCACUCUCUUGCCAUAUGUAGUUAACCUCACAGACGGCAAUGGAAAUAUGGCUCUCCACUACAGCGUGUCGCAUUCAAACUUCCCUGUGGUCAAACUGCUGUUGGAUACUGGUCUAUGUGAGACAGACAAUGUGAACAAGGCAGGCUAUACUCCAGUAAUGCUCGCUGCUCUGACGGCUGCUGACAGCCCUGAUGAUCUGGAGGUGGCACAACAACUGUUGAAACUUGGUGACGUCAAUGCAUGCUCCAGACAGGCAGGCCAGACGGCACUCAUGCUUGCGGUGAGCCAUGGCCGCGUUGCCAUGGUGAAGCUGCUUCUGAGCUCCGGCGCGGAUGUAAAUGCCCAGGACCGCGAGGGCUCCACAGCCCUGAUGUGUGCCAGCGAACACGGACACACACACAUUGUUCGUCUGCUGCUGGAGACAGGUCGCUGUGACCUCAGUCUCAAAGAUAAGAAUGGACAAACAGCACAGUCGGUGGCAGAAGGAGCCUCCCACCCAGACAUAGUUGACCUUCUGAAGGCCCACGCUGAGACCUGAGCCUCUGACCCCUCAUCUACCACAGACCUCCUCUGAGCCAGUCCGACCCUGUUUACUCCAAACCACUCCAGCUAGCCUACCCCCAAACUCUUCAAUUUACAAGACCCUCUGCCCGUCAACAGAGAGGGAAAAGGUUGAAUUAAGGAAACCAAACAAGACUCUGUAUGACUCCUUGGAUAUGCUCUGUUUACCGUGGAACUACAUAUAAACCUCUUAGACUAGAGUGUCCAGCAAUGUACACCCACAUGUUUCUUCCAAAUCUCUGCCAACAUGCCCUGUGGGUGUUUAUGGAUAUGCUGCAUCAACCACUUAGUGGACAGACAACAAAGGGCGCUGGUCAGAUAGAUGAUAAGACAUUGCCAUAGUAACAAGUGUGAUUGACAGGAUAUUGCUUCAGGGACGGGUGAGAAUAUAAAGUGGAUGAACAGAUACUCUGACGAACUGCUGCUUUCUAUCAUCAACUAGCUCUUGAAGCAAAAUACUAAGCACAUGAUCUACCUUUCAAAUAUACAAUAUUAAAUAUGACAUCAUUUCUAUUUUUUCUUUUACGACAUUGACAUCAUUCUUUUCAUAUUUGGACAUAAGCCAUUAUUGAGAACAUAGUAUAUGUAGAAUGUUAUUCUAACAGAUUAUAAUCAUAUACAAACACAGAAAAUGUAUUUUCUACUGCACUUUUUUUAUUGUGUUUGUGUACAGUAAAUAGUCCUCUCAAAUAUAGAUGUCCAGAAGAAACUAUAUAUAUAUAUAAAUAAAAGUGCAAAUUAGAAAAUGAUAUAAAAGAACUUCUGGUCAAAUUUCCCAUCAUUCAUUAGAUAUUUUACAUCAUUUAAUGUAUUUUGUUUUUGCCAUAGUAGUGAUGUUUUUCACGUACAGGACAUGGGUGAUCAUCAUUUUUGAAUUAUUGAAAAACAGAUGGUUUAAUGAGAGAUAAAAUGUUUCUGUUGGACACAAAACAAAUGAUUUUUAUAACCACAAUAUAACCAGACUGAAGAAAGACACAAGUCUUCUAACAAGAAGAUUGUAUUGUUCGGAAGUUGCUGCAUGCCAAUACACAGUUACUCCCCCUACUGGCUGUCUUAUCGUACUAAACAACAGUAUGUUGUAAUACUGUCUGUUCUCAUGAUUAACAUCUCUCUCCUUCAACGUCCCUUAGUUGAAAUAUAAUGUAUGUCUUGUUCGCCUGCUCGUUUCAAAUCAAUCAUGUAUGCAACUGCUACAAAAUGCACAAUGAAUGUCAGGCUGGCUGUGAUACAUUCCAAGAAAAAAUGUAGCAAGUCUAACCAUACUGGCAUGGAUCAUGGGACUAACCGAGCCAUAGGCUGUCAGUGGAUAUAUCAAACAUAGGUAUGAGUCUGGAUAUUUUUACCACGUUCAACAAAAAAUAUUUAGUUACUAUGGAAAAUCUUGAUUACAAAGAUCAGAUCUGCCUGUCUUAAAGUUACUAGUUAACUUGUUCCUGCCUAAAGGAAUUAAUAUUAUAAAAUGGUAAACUGAACAGAUCUUUAAACUGAAAGUAAAGGGUUGCUUAUGGCUUGCAGUCCUGAAAGAAGCAAUAUCAAUGAAAUACUACCUUUUCAAUCAGACACUAGGUAGGGAGAGUGGGCUUCGGUCUAGCCUUAAUCAGAUGACCGUCCUACAUUUUAGAGGUGAGAUGUGUUUCAGGGAGUGUGGUCUUGUUUUUCCACAAACUUACACCCAUAUUCCUAAAGUAUCUUAAAACAGGAAUACUGGUCUGAUAAAAUGUUUACAACUUAACAGCUCCCCUUCAGUGGACCCAGCAGAUAUCAUCCGUUACGGUUUACAGGAAACAAAGGGAUCAAUCAUUUUCAGGCAUCUAGAGGAGGGUUUUCACUUGACUGACUGGUGAACAAAACCGUACUUCAUUUUUAUAGGUCGGCAUUUGAAUUAAAGUUUUAAAAGGGUACUCCAGCUAUUUUGUAUUGCACCUCCAAACUGAGACAGUCUUAAAAAGAAAAUGGUAAAAAAUAGAAGCAGCAGAGGCCAAGAUAUCCAACUGUUUUCACAAGCUGAGUAGUACUCAUGAGAACAAGCAAGCUGACCUAAAUGUUUAAAUUUGCUGUAGUGCCUCUUUAAAUGGUGACUUGGGUUUGCUGGGGUUACUGAAGGCGGAAUUUAAAGGGGAAUACCACUCAUAUUAACAACUGCCAGUCAGAAAGUAAAUCUACAGUGAUUCUACAGCAUUUGUUUCUUACUGACAACUCACACAUCUCAGCUCUUAUUGUUACUUUUAGAAAGCUUAACAACUUUCUUUCUGAGAUGCAGUGUGAUCUAACCACUGAUCCUGCACCAGUAUUCUCUCAUUCCCAGACACUUUAUUAAUGUGGGUGCUAAUAUGGGACUGUAUAGACUGACAUGAAGAUAGACCUAUUAUAUAUAUAUAUAUAUUAUAUAAGUAUCUUGAUUAUAUAGUAGUAUACACAGUGGCUGCAUUUACUCAGCAACAAUGGGAAUUUUUCAACAGUGGCCUAAUAGCCAGGUCAUUAUAAUUUGUUGAGUCACAAAGUAGCACAGAUUUUCCUUCAACAAUGAGACUGCAUUUACACAAUAUCAGAAACUCUGACUUUGAACUCUGUGCAGCACAUCUGAUCAUCACUGGUUGUCUGUAUAUUAAGGGGAUGGAAAUUAUAGUCUGUGUAGCUUCCCACAUUUCAGACAGCUAAAGGAUGAUCUGAUCUGUGCUGUGUGAAAUAUCUGGUAUAUCUGGUCUUCCGUGCCUGUGUAUUAAGUCUUAAAAUAAGUCACAUCCAUAUGUUUAAUCCAGUGUGACCCAGAUGUAAUAAGGUUUCAUAACUGGCUUAACACCAAAGAACUGAAAUCAAAUCUGUUUCACAGGGGGUUAAGUAUAUAGUUGUAUUGGUUUCUGUAAAUUCAGCCAAAUACAUGUACAUAUAGUAUUGUGAAAAAUAUAUAACAAGUAUUGUCUGACAGUUUGCUCUAAAAAUUAUAUUAAGUAUUUAUUCCAAAUGCUAUAUUUUUUACCAUAUAUAGUAUACUUAUGUAUGCAUGGACAAAUAUUCCAGUGAUUCUGUUGGAGGGGAAUUUGGAUGAUUGGAAAUUAAGCUGAGUGUUCCCUGAUGAUGUGAUUAUUCAGAUUAUCUGAUUGGUCGGGUGGUAUAGUAUAGUAGUGGUAUGUGUGAUUUGACAAGGUUGUGGACUGUGUCAUGUGCCCUUUAAUGCUACCUUUGACAUUUGUGGGGAAAAUAUGAAGCAGAUUUGACACUGGCUUAAGCUAUAAGGGUAAUGUCUCCCUUGUUUAAAUACUGAAAAUCGAAGUGUAUGUACAUGACAGAGUCAAAUGUAAAAACCUGUACCUCUAAAAUAUUCCUUGUACAAUGGGCUUAUAUGUUACAGAGAACUACUUCUAAAUAAAUAAAU